AUGUUCGGCUCUCUAGUGGUUCUCCUUCUUGCAAGCCUCUCCAUUGCUUCUCCAGUCAUUGAGAAGCGAGCUAUCACCUGUCUCAAAGUUGGACAAACAGCCACUGCCUCAUGGACCAAUAGUGCUGGCAAGAAAUGCACCUUUACCGGCGUCGUUGGAAGCAACUUUGGCGCGAAUCCUUCCGGAUCUGGCGACUACUCUUGCAACGGAAGAUGUGGAGCUGGCUGCAGCGGGGCUGCUCUGGGUAAUGUCUACACGCAGGAUUGCUAUUCUCAUGACAUCUGCUCUUACUUCAACAGUGCGGCUGGAGGUGCCAGCGACCCGAACUGCGGAGCUGCUUUCAACGCGGCAGUCGACGACACUGCUCUAGGAUUGGCGAAUGGCUGCUCCCAGACAAACCCAAGCAAUGGAGUGUCAAAGCCUAACAGUGCGCCAGUUUGCAAAUAG